GGCGAAUAAUAAUAAUAACGUAAAGAUAUUUAUUGUGAUUGAAAUAAGAGACGUAAUGUGAUGCAAUGCAAGAUCGAUACAAGUAGCUUAAUUGUGAUUUACAGUAAAUUGACUCUGAGACAAGAAUCAAUAAGAUUCUAAUCGUCUCUAUUUGGCUAGGUGGCAGCGGUCCGAUUCAUCUGGCCUGUCAUUGGCUGGAAUUCUGAUUUCCUCGCUCCGAUUGGUUGAGGCUGAACAGCGCCCUGUAUGCUGAGCUGUGAUUGGCUGGACCCGCAGCGACUCUCUGCAUCCUGUUCCCACAGCCAGGACCAGGCACAAGAGCGCUGGGAGGGGGGGAGCUGCAAAGCGCGGCCGGGAAAGCAUCACACUUGGAGGAUGUGCAAUAUCAUUUUCCUCAUCCGGAAGAGAUGUUGACACGCGACAUGUUAGCAAAGACCGACGUGACCGCUGGGACCAAUUCUCGAGCGUUUUCUUCUUAACGUCUUGUGCAACAGAGCGAAGGUCCAAGACGAAGAAAGUGUCACCUUUACCUCCCUCCAGGUCACAGCAAAGGCCACCAACAUGCCCGUCCAAGAACCCGACAGCAUCCUAAGCUACCAGCGGCCAGAUGAAGAAGUGGUGAUAGACCAGGGUGGGACCAGCUCAGUGCUGAACAUCCACUAUGAGAAGGAAGAACUUGAAGGCCACCGGACUCUCUUUGUGGGUGUUCGGAUGCCCCGGCAGAGCCAUCGACACCACAAGCCUCAUGGCUCUCGGCAUCGUAAGAAAGACAGGAGGACGGGAAGCAUUACAGUGCGAGAAAGCCAAGGAAACGAGAAGACACCCUGUCACGACACGCCGUCCCAGCGGGUGCAGUUCAUUCUGGGAACUGAGGAAGAUGCUGAGCAUGUGGCCCACGAGUUGUUCACAGAGCUGGAUGAGAUCUGUGUGAAAGAUGGCAAAGAUGCUGAGUGGAAGGAAACAGCCAGGUGGCUAAAGUUUGAGGAAGAUGUGGAGGAUGGCGGCGAGAGGUGGAGCAAGCCGUACGUGGCUACGCUGUCCCUCCACAGUCUCUUUGAGUUGAGGAGUUGCAUCAUCAAUGGGAGCGUUUUGCUUGACAUGCACGCUGACUGCAUUGAGGAGAUCGCAGACAUGGUUCUGGAUCAUCAGGAAGCGUCUCAUGAGUUGGACGACAGCGUGAGGGUGAAAGUGCGAGAGGCCUUGCUCAAGCGGCACCACCACCAGAAUGAGAAGAAGAAGAACCUCAUGCCCAUCGUGCGCUCCAUCACAGAGGGGACUCGCAAACAGUCCGAGCUUCACUUAACAGCUGUGUCAGCCACAUCUCCUCAGCCUGCACCCCUUACAGAGCCACCUAAGAACGGCGCAGGACCGGAAGGGCAUCAAGUGGACCUCAGCAAGGUGGACCUCCACUUCAUGAAGAAGAUCCCAGAGGGAGCAGAGGCCUCAAACGUGUUGGUCGGAGAGCUGGACUUCCUGGAGAGGCCUAUUGUGGCUUUUGUUCGCCUCUCCCCCGCUGUACUGCUCACUGGCCUCACCGAGGUCCCGAUACCCACCAGGUUCCUUUUCAUUCUCCUGGGCCCAGAUGGAAAAGCUCAGCAGUACCAUGAGAUCGGACGCUCCAUGGCAACCAUUAUGACGGAUGAGAUCUUCCACGGUGUAGCUUACAAGGCAAAGGACAGAAGUGACCUCCUGGCUGGGAUAGAUGAGUUCCUGGACCAGGUGACUGUCUUGCCACCAGGGGAGUGGGACCCUUCUAUCCGUAUUGAGCCACCCAAAAAUGUCCCAUCUCAGGAGAAGCGGAAAAUGCCCGGCGUCCCAAAUGGCACAGUUUACCAAGUAGAGGAAGAGCAACAUGCAGAACACCAUGGACCCGAGCUGCAGAGAACCGGAAGGUUAUUCGGCGGUCUGAUAAUGGACAUCAAAAGGAAGGCUCCGUUCUAUCUGAGUGACUAUAAAGAUGGUCUGAGCCUGCAGUGUGUGGCCUCGUUCCUCUUCCUCUACUGUGCCUGUAUGUCUCCUGUCAUCACCUUUGGGGGGCUGCUCGGAGAGGCAACAGAGGGACGCAUUAGUGCCAUUGAGUCCUUACUUGGUGCAUCCAUGACUGGAGUAGCCUACUCGCUGUUUGCCGGCCAGCCUCUCACGAUUCUGGGUAGCACAGGACCCGUGUUGGUGUUUGAGAAAAUCCUCUUUAAAUUCUGCAAGGACUACAACCUGUCCUACCUGUCGCUAAGGGCCUGUAUUGGCCUGUGGACGGCGCUGUUGUGUCUGUUGCUCGUGGCUACAGACGCGAGCUCUCUGGUGUGCUACAUCACUCGCUUCACGGAGGAGGCCUUUGCUGCCCUCAUCUGCAUCAUCUUCAUCUACGAGGCCUUGGAGAAGCUGUGCCACCUGGGAGAAAUCUACCCCAUCAACGCUCACAGUGAUCUGGACAAGCUGACGCUAGCAUACUGCCGGUGUGCAGAGCCUGAUAGUCCGAGCAAUAAAACUUUAAAACUGUGGAGCGAGAGAAACAUCACAGCUUCUUCUGUUCCUUGGGCCAAUCUUACUGUCAAGGAAUGCGUGAGUCUGCAGGGGGACUUUGUAGGGACGUCGUGUGGCCAUCAUGGCCCCUACACCCCCGAUGUCCUGUUCUGGUCCGUCAUCUUGUUCUUCUCCACUUUCUUCAUGUCAGCAUUCCUCAAACAGUUCAAAACGAGUCGCUACUUCCCCACCAAGGUGCGAUCCAUGAUCAGUGACUUUGCCGUCUUCCUCACCAUUGUCGUCAUGGUAUUGCUCGACUACAUCAUAGGAGUACCCUCCCAGAAGUUAAAGGUGCCCAGCAAAUUCCAGCCCACCAGAGAUGACAGAGGGUGGCUGAUCAGCCCAAUCGGACGCAACCCCUGGUGGACGCUCCUGGCAGCCUCUAUCCCUGCUCUUCUCUGCACCAUCCUCAUCUUCAUGGACCAACAGAUAACCGCUGUCAUCAUCAACCGGAAAGAGCACAAACUGCUGAAAGGUUGCGGGUACCACUUGGACCUCCUGAUGGUGGGGAUGAUGCUGGCCGUGUGCUCCGUCAUGGGUUUGCCGUGGUUUGUCGCCGCAACUGUCUUGUCCAUCACUCACGUGAACAGUUUGAAGCUGGAGUCGGAAAGCUCAGCUCCAGGAGAGCAGCCUCGUUUUCUGGGCAUCAGAGAGCAGAGGCUCACUGGCCUGGUCAUCUUCUUGCUUAUGGGAUGCUCUGUAUUCAUGACUGGCGCCCUUCAGUUCAUUCCGAUGCCUGUGUUAUAUGGUGUCUUCCUCUACAUGGGAGCCUCAUCCUUGAAGGGCAUCCAGUUCUUUGACCGUCUGAAGUUGUUUGGGAUGCCGGCCAAGCACCAGCCAGACUUCAUCUACCUGCGUCACGUGCCCUUGAGGAAGGUUCAUCUGUUUACGCUCACACAGCUGACCUGUCUCGUGCUUCUCUGGGUCAUCAAGACCUCACCCGCUGCUAUCGUCUUCCCCAUGAUGGUGUUGGCUCUGGUAUUCAUCCGCAAACUGCUGGACCUGUGUUUCUCCAAUCGGGAGCUCAGCUACCUGGAUGAUCUAAUGCCGGAAUGGAAGAAAAAAAACCUCGAUGAUGCUUCCAAAAAGAUUGAGGAGGAGUCGGAAGUUAUGCUCAGUACAAAAAGUGAAGACGCUCCAAUUGUUCACAUUCCCCUGGAGAGCAGUAAACCAGUGCAGGGCUCAAAGGCCCAUGACCCCAGGUGUGAUCCCUCUGAUAUUAAUAUAUCUGACGAAAUGUCUAAAACCACCAUGUGGAAAUCUCUCAGCUCCAAUCAAAAGGACUCUCGUCCUGUUUCCGCUAAGAAGGAUUGAAGAGCUCGCCUUCAUUGAUGAGUAAAGAUUCCUACAGUGCACGCAACUGUGCCACGGGCAGUUAACUGUCGAGCUGGACCCCCGGGAUGUGAUUUGUCUGUUUGGGACCGUUGGCCACCGGAGCGAUUUGGGAAAGUCUCUGGAAUCACUACGAGCGCCACACAACACACAUACACACACAGGAACACAGCCAUCCAGGUAGAACGAGUUUUAAAGCAGGCUGACAGCAAGAGAAUUCAAAGUGGGCCCAGUCUUUUCUGUUUAGAGUGAAGAACAUGUUCCCACUAACCAGAAGUGAAAGUCAAUGAAAACAAUGACAUGUCUGCAACAUUUAUCUGGAUGUAAAAACAAAUUGGGUCUUCUUUGGCCACUGUGCCACCUCUAACAAUUUGAGGGAAAUGGGUAGUUUUUGCCUGAUCCUGCUAACCUGACAAAUAAAGCAAAAGACAAUGACUAGUCGACUGAUUGGUUAGUGUCGGAAUCCGCACUUAACUUCAUGCAUUUUAAGAUUACUUUUAAGUCUUGUGUCAAUAUUAAUAGAGUAAUUUAUUUUGAUGGUAAUUUUAUAUUUGUAAAAAUUGAAAAAAAAAAAGUACGUUUUUAUCCAAGUGCUUCGCUUUCCAUUAGAACCGUUGAUCUCGAUGCAUCGUCGUCCUAGAAAAUCCGGAGUGUUGACGAUAAAGUUGGGACUUCACCAGAGUGUUUCGCACUUUCGCACGGCAGAUUUUAGUGUACAGACACGACAUGAAUGAAAUUGUACAAAGGUGAAGCACAGCGAGACGCAUUCCCAGCUUUAUGCAUGAGUGGAUUCUUAAAUACAACACGUCCACACUCCACAAACUUAUAUAUUUGGCCAUUCUGUAAUUGCAUAGCUGUGAGGGUCAGAAGAUUCCAAUUAAUUAUUAUUUGAAUCGAUUUUUUAGAAGUAGAUUAAAAAUAAAAGUAUAAUUACUGUGCGUCACUUUAACCCUACAUGUCCGUUUUGUGUCGCCUGAAUAUUACACACUUGGCAUUGAUGAAAACAGCCAAAAGUAUAUUUUAUGUCUGUGCCUCAGACAAGCUUGUUAAAACUCCCGCAAGGCACUUUGGUUGAGAGGAUUUUGGAUGUGUUGGAGGCUUCGAGUUGCAGAGCAUUACUUUUGCUUUAUUUUUGAUGAGGUGGGAGUGGAGGGGGUUGGUGGAUUAUAUAAGCAAUAAUUUACUCAAAGUCCAUCUUGACUGAACUGCAAGGAUCGCAAUUAAUAAUACGUUUUUGUUAAUCAGGGAUCCAUGAAACAAAAUGACUCUUAUUGUAAUGAUUUAUUUUCGCUAAUGAUAUUCCAACCUGUUCUCCUGAUUCUCUGUAUAUAGCUCGAGAUGCUCGGUGGCUUCAUCGAAAAGCUGAUCGAGGCAUUUCUCUGCCUCAAAAUGACCGUGAAUUCAAUACGCUAGAAGAGUAAUGUGAAAAUGAUGUUAUGUGUCUUAGAAUCUGCUUUUAAUUCUCCUGUAAGUAGGAAACGUUAUUUUUUUUUUGGUCUUUUGCACUGUGUAUUUAAUCUUACAGAUUGCAGUACAUCGGCCCAGUAACCUCUCACUGUAUCGUGUCGUCAUGUUGUGACACUUUCUUCUUGGCCUGUACGAUAGUUUUUGUCUAUUCACGUCCUGUACUUUAAGUAUAUGUUGAAACAUUGGAAUGUUAAUAUUCUGUGUUGUCUACUGUACGAGGCGGACCGAUAGCUGAGCUAAUUGAUGGUAUGCUGUAAUACUCACACUACUGUACAGUACGUAUAUUCAAAGCCAAGUCUGAGUUGAAAUUGAAUGAGAAAAUAGUGAUGUAUAUAUAAAUGUGAAUAUAAAUAUUUUGAAAACAAUCACACGCCAAAGCAAACUGUUCGGUGAUGUGUGCUCCGAGCAUAUUUCUUUUACUCGUGUGUUAUGUAUCCUGAUUUGACAACACGAUAAUGUAUUAGUGAAUGUAUGGCUGAUAUGCAGCAGAAUGUCAUCAGAUGUACGCUACUGGAGAUCGUAUACAGUCGAACUCCCACCACCUCCCGUAGCAUCAUUAUUGAUUGUUUUCGAGCAUCGCAAACUAAAUCUUGUCACAAUUAACCGGACUCUUCUUUUUCAGCAUAUAUGACAGUACAGUAGAGAAGAUGACCUGCUGAUGAGCGCGUGUAGUAAAGCUGUGCACUGUGGCCCUCUGCUUAACAUGCGACCAAGCUUCAAGGUCGAGUGAAGUUUUCAGGGAGAUGAGCGAGUGUCCUGCAGUUGAAAUGGAGCCAUAUAGAGCGAGUGCUCUCUCUACUUUCAAACACUCAAAGAAUGUCUUAGAAUAAACUACAUGUUUUUAUAUGUACAUAUAUGUAAUGUUGGUUUUUGGAUGAUGUAAAAAGAAAAAUAAAGUAU